UUUGUCCCGCAGUAGUGACAGAUUGUAAGCAACUAUCAGCCCACGCCGCCCAUCAUAGCACACACACACACUCUCUCUCCCCCCACGCUUUAUCUCUCUGCUCUUCGCCUCACGCACUCCCUUCGCCCAAAUCUGGAAGCCCUAAAAAGAUGAUGGAAGGAGUCCUCCCCACCUUGUUAUCCUCUUUCCAGAGCUGGUUCACCCCUACCAUCCUCUUCCUUCUCCUCAACCUCAUCAUCGGCACCAUUGCCCUCACCUCCAAGUCCUCUCGCACUGAAGAUGCCCCCCUCCACCCACCCCCACCAAACGAAACCAUCACCUCCAAGUUCUCCCGCUCCUCCUCCGCCCUCCUCCACCGCAUCCUCUCCUUCAAUCCCCACCUCCAUUCCCCUUCCCCCACCGACAUCAAACCUCUCGAUCCUCCUUCCCUCGAAACAGACUCCAUCAAACCAGAUCCAGCGCUCACCGGCGAGAUCCACCACCAUCUCAACCGGAUCCAGUCGCCCGCAGAGACCGAUUCGAAGCUCGCGGAACGGAUGAAGAAAUCCGCAACCGAAAAGCCCCCUCACGCGCAUUUUGAAGAGGGAGAGAUCCUGCAGCUUGCGGAUAGUAUCGUCGGAGAGGACGGAAGGGAAGUCGAUGCUCUCGCCGACGACUUCAUUUACCGUUUCCGGCAGCAGCUGAAGCUGCAGCGGCUUGAAUCCGUGGUGAGGUACGAGACCAUGCUCAGCCGAGGUCAGUCAAAAUAGGUUAAAAGCAGGAAGAAAUUUGAUGAUACAUCAAAAUAUAUCUUGUUUUCUGCCUCUUUAAUUCCUUUUUUUUUAGCGGUU